GUAACAGCAGGGAGGUGUGCAACCGUCUCCACAACACGAUUACAGCGUGUUGCAUCUUACACUGUAAAAAACAGUGACGUAAGACGCAAGGAACUUUCCAGAACGCGUGACGCAAUGACGCUGUAUUUUUUGCAAGUCACGGUAAGGCCCAGAGCUUACUCUUUACAUCUUUCCGAAUUCAAAAGCAUCUCACUUCCAUACGUCUCUUUCCGGGCACUGGCUGCAUGGCCACCGUGAAACCGUGAUUUACACAACAAUACCCCUGGAAGUAAAUAACGGAUUGCCCUUUAAAGGGCGGCGGAGGCGUUUACUCGUGACGUCAUUACUGGCAGUUUGACAGCCAGACUUCCGAUUGGCUGCAGAUGUUCCGUUGACAGUUGAGUGGUAUGUUUUGCUUUUCUACACCUGAUAGGCCGGGGACAUCUGUGCUCUUUGUUGAUUGGUCAGAAUUGCUGCUCGUCACGGCUGGGCUGGUUCGUCUCGCCGGACGCUCCUCUCUGAUUGGCUGGCUGUGUUGGGUUUCUAUGUUGCCGGGUGAUGCGGAAGUGAAACUCGGGAGUUGUGGAAGACGCGGACGGUGGAGUCACGAGGAGGAGAAGAAGAAGAAGCAGCGCUGCGUGUGCGCGUGUCAGGGGGGGAAGCGGAACCGGGCGCUUUAUCCAGCUGAGAGUGAGGUAGGACCGGGGGUGAGGGAGCGGCCAGUAUACCGGCACUGUGUGCCAUGGCAGGGGGUCCGGGUGUGUCCAGCUUCCAGCCGGGUCCGCAGUCCCUGUGUGUGGGAAUAUGUUGGGCUGCGCAGAUUUAUUUCCUGGAAUCCAUCGUGUUGUGUCUGGGGAGCUCAGAGUAUAUAUUACAGCAGGCGAGAGAUGUACCAGGAUUGGCUGAGCUCAGUCCAUGUCACACAGGGGACUGAUUGUACCAGAGCUGGAGUGUCUUUAUAUCCACCAGGGAGGACAGCUAGAACCAGGGCAGGGCAAUCUGUAAAUAAUAAUAAUAAUAAUAAUAAUAUGUAUAAAGUGUCAUGUAGUGGGCACAUUGACUUAUUAACUCAUUUCACACUGGCUGUGUGUUGCCACCGUGGCACGUUGAGUACUGUCCUCGAGUUUCCCCCUUUGCCACCCUGCCCCUUUCACCCACCACCUGUGGGUUGCCACUCUACCACUAUCGCACGGUAUUAGUGUUUGUUUUGGUCUGCUUUUGACAUGAUGCUCAGGCAAGGGGCCAGUUGAAACUUAUUGGCCCAUAGCAAUAGAGUUACAUAUGUAAGGCUGUUGUCUUCCUUUGUGUUUUUUAUUUGGAUUUUUAUGCAUGCUUUUCUACCUCAGGUAAACGUCUUACUUGCUGCUUUAUCUGUAAUCUUUGCUAGGUGCUAGAUUACCUCUUUGUUCCAUGAUAUUGGCUUCAACAUAAUUUUCUAGGUUUGUGUAAGAUUCAGUUAUAUGCCUGCAGGAAGUAGAUAUAUAUAUAUGUGUGUGUGUGUGCGCAUGAUGAUGUAAAAUCAUCAGUUACCUUUUCAAAGUCUUCUUUUUGUAAUUUUUUAUUUUUUUUUUUUUUUAUUUUUUUUUUUAAGCUGGGUAGAUCAAGGAAUACAUUUAUAGAUUGACUUACAUGUUACAUACAGAGAGUUUGACUUUUAUACUCUUUUUAAAUUACCUUUCUUUGUAACUGGAAAAAUAUUUGGAGACUUCUAUGUAGGAAGCAAAAUAUAAUUGAAUUAUGUAAAUGCCCGAUAUACAUGUAGAUGCUAACUUCAUGUUUCUAUACCUAUAUGGUUAGGAAACUGCAGGUUGGCCCUGAGUGAAUGUUAUUGGUUAGUCAUAGAAUCCUGUUUAUAUUGGGUUUUGCUGUUUAACAUGCAGAGGUAAUGUAGUAACAGAUCCAAUCGAAGACCUACUGUAUUUUAUAUGAUUUACUCUUUCAGGAAAGGCUGCUGAGUGUCUCUCAACUCUGGGUUGCGAGUAUUGGGGGUCCCUUCUUCCUUGGGGCUCCCAGACAUGCUGUCUCUGAAGAAAUAUCUGACGGAGGGUCUGAUCCAGUUCACAAUUCUGCUUAGCCUCAUGGGUGUGCGUGUGGACCUGGACUCUUAUCUGCCCUCUCACCUUCCCCCACUGCACGAAAUUAUCCUUGGACCUACUUCGGCCUACACCCAGACCCAGUUCCACAGUCUGCGUGGUACAGCUGAUGGGUAUGGUGUGCAUCCAAAGAGUGUUGACCUAGAUCAAUUUUUUACUUCCCGACGACUCCUGAACAGGGUGCGAGCCCUAGACCGGUUGCAGGUGCCCACUACUGAGUUGGAUGCUUGGCUGGUGCACAGAGAAGCAGAAGGAUCUGUGCCCAGUGCUCAGACUGGCUCCAGUCGUCCCACUGACACCCCACAAGAACGUCCUGGCUCAGAUAGCAGCAUCCGUGACACUCUGGUGACUGAACAAGGCCGCAGCACUGAAGAAGUGGAGGAGCUGGGUGCAACUGCACAGCCUGGCAGUUCAGAUCUAAGCAAGGAGGUAAGAUGAUUUAUUUUGCCUUGUUUUCUGCUAAUUCUCCAUGGUUAAAGUGUCACACAAAAUAUAACAUAGUAUCACUCAUGCUAUUGCAGUCUGUAGAUUCUCUUUUAAAACCUCUGAUGCUGACCUUGUUUUCACCUUUUUUAGAAGAUAAGUGUCUCUGAAUUGUUCAGCUUUGUAUGUAUGUAUGUAUGUGUGUAUGUAUGUGUGUAUGUAUGUGUGUAUGUAUAGAUUUUGGAGGAGAUCACUUGUGUGCUUGUGGUAGAGGACUCCCCUAAAGAAAAGGGAGUUGGUGCAUAAAUUAUUACAGAGAUGGAGGGAUCAGCAGUCCUCUAACAACACCUGGUGUGUGUGUGUGUGUAUUUUGUUCAAGUAGAGAUUGUAGCUGUAUUAGACCAGUGAUGCAGAUCUAAAAAACAGACUUUUUUUUUUUUUUUUACAUCUACAUCACUGGACUAAUACAGCUACAAUCUCUACUUAAACAAAAUACACACACACACGUGAUCUCCACCUUCAUUUAUUGCCAUAAUUUGGACGUUUGUCCCCAACCACAAAUAUAUAAUCUCCAUCCAUGCCAGUGCAUUGUCUUUCAUUAUUUUGGAUUGAAGUUCUUAUUAUGACCUUGCACCAGAAUAAUUUAACAGUUUUCCACUAGCACUACAGCUUUUACCUGCCAUCAAAAAAAAAAUAAUUCCACUGGUUUUUAGAAACCAUGCACAGCCAAUAUAUAACAGGGACAUAUUAGAGGUUACAAGUGCUGCAUCGCAAGAGAUGAAUUAACCCGCCCCACCAAGGGACACAAAGCAUGAAUAGCUCACAUAAUGCAUUAACCACACGGACAUUCUAUACAGGCUUAAGAGAGGCUCAGCAUUAAACUGCAUGAAUGUAUUAUUUGCCCUUUGGAAAGGCUAUAUGAUCUUUUCAGACCUGUGUGUUGGAGCAUGCAAGCUUUCUUAUAAUAUCCUAGAGUCCUGUCAAAAUCUUACAUUAUUACCCUGAGACAAUAUUAUACAGAUUAAUUCUUUAAAAAGUAACCUUACAAUGUUUGUCCCUAAAAGGACUCUCUGAAUAUAUAACCUUGUUUGUAAUGACAUAAUCCCCUCCCUCCAAAAUAAAUAAAUAAAAAGAUACAUUGAGCAAUGUAUUGCAUGGACAGUGCUCAUAGACACAAAGGCUUGGUAGCAAAGUCCUUUUUGCCUUUCCUUAACAACAUUAACCCUCACAAUAAAGCAAGGGUGCAAACAAAACUUUACUGCCCCUUACAUCAACAGGUGGAAUGACACAGGCUUCCUAUACCUAAUGUAUUGUAAACAGUAUUUAGAUUACACUUUAUACUUAUUACUUCUGAUAACCUGCUGGAGAGGCUGACUGCGGUAAACAUGUGACAGUAUUUCUUUAAUUGAUCUUUAAGUGUAAUGCACUUUUACACUCUUAUUCUUCAAGGCCAUGUGAUUACACAAGAAUAUCAAUAUAAUAAGUGAGGCACUUAAGAUUUACAAAAACAAAAUUACUACAAACAAUAGAGCUGCACCUGUAAAGUGCCAAAACCUAUAAUACAAACUCGAUAAUGGUAAAAGGUGCGCUGUGUCUUUAAGACAAAAAUAUUUCAGUUAUGGCUCAUAAAGCACAUUUACACUUUAUGAGCUAUCACUGUGAAAUACAUUUUUGUCUUAAAGACACCGCAACUUUUAUACUUUCUACAUUUCAUUACAAAUACAAAGAAAAACCUCCAGGUCCCUAAAUAGCUUAGUGGAUCACAUACUCUGUCUGUUCUGCUCAUAGUGUAUAUAGAGAGAAGAUCUGGCUCAGCUGUUAUGCCUUCCCCUCACCCUUUUUAUGCUCUAUGUUCAAAUGAACAAGUCCAGACAGGAAUAAACUGCAAAUUUACACUGGACACAUUUAUUUAUUUAUUUUGUAUGUAUUCUAAUUGGCCAGGAAAGCUAUACAAUCACAUUGAUGAUCUAUAUCAAAUACCUGCAACUAUUAGGCAUUAGCUGGCAUUUAAGUACUGCCCUAAACAAGCAUUUAACUCAUGUAAUCCUCCAUUCUUCCCCAGCAACAAUACCAUGUGUUUUUGUAUAGGUUAUUAUUUAUAUACGCGUGUUAAUGUAAAUAUACCUGUCUGUAUGUGUGCUUGUGUUGUCUAUUGCUAAAGGUAUCUGCAGAAAUAUAGUAUGAAGACUGACACGUGAUGCCACAUGUCAAACUGGGAACUCUGUGGGUACAUGAUUUCUAGAUUUUCUGUGCCCAAGGAGGACUUUUCAAAGUCCAACUUGAGAUAUGCUGGUGAUGCAUAAUAGUAAUUCUUCUGUAUUGUGGGGAGUUCUAGCAUGUUAGGUCUCACCACAAGCUCUCUGUGUGUGUGUGUGUGUGUGUGUGUGUGUGUGUGUGUCUCUCCCUCUCUCCCUCUCUCCCUCUCUCCCUCUCUCCCUCUCUCCCUCUCUCCUAUAGGGGUCGAAACGUCAAUCACUGGAUGAUUUUUUUUUGCACAUGUAAUUUGCAAUUGAAAUAAAUUAAGCACUUUUUAAGACCUGAGAGUGCACCUUAUUUGCAUAUUUUGUAUUUACAUUAACGCUGAGGUUUGCACCCAGGCAAUAUUUCUACAUUUAUUUGCAUUAAAGGGUGAGUGCCAAGUUUAUCUCUUUUUUUAAUUUAUAUAUAUAUAUAUAUAUAUAUAUAUAUAUAUAUAUAUAUAUAUAUAUAUAUAUAUAUAUAUAUAUACACACACACGAUCCAGCGCACUCUCCUAUCUACUAAACAGCAACUUUAAUGUUGACAGUUUUUAUUAGUUUUUUUUUUUUUUUACGUAAUCUAGGCAAAAAAUAAUGGGGAUUUAGUUACAUUAUAUGAUCAUACAUUGCAUAAGCCUGCCACAACGUCAGUGUACCCCAUCUUUGGCAGGUCCUACUCUCACAGUCUAAUGUCUGCUCUUAUGAGAUUAACCCACUUACUUUGGGAAAAAAUUCCACCUGAGGCUCUCUGCAGUACAAUGCUAAAUAGGGACCUGAGAUGAGGCACCUGUAACAGGGAGGGGUGCAAAACCAAGGAGUUGGGGGGAUAUAUAUAUUAUUAUUAUAAUUAUAUACACACACACGUGGUUGCAUUCACCUGAACAUGCUUAAAUGGGGUGCUGCUGGGGGCCAUUUUAUACAAUAAACAGCAACUUCAAUGUUGACGGAUUUUAUUAGUUUUUUUUUUUUUGUAGUUUUUUUUUUUUUUAAUUAUUUUCUAAAAACACCUAAUCUAGGCAAAUCCAGAUGUCACACCCAUAUGUCAUGAUUCUCUGCUAGCUUUUUGGCUCAUUACGUGAAAAGUAACUCACUGCCUUUGGAAUAGAGUUUGGAGUACUAAAAAUUGUCAAUGUUAGUGCUAUGGUGACACAUAGUGUGUGUGUGUGCGCGCGCGCACAUAUAUCACAAAAUUAGAGUUGGUAUUUUGUGAAGUUGCCUGAGUGCACCUAUGCUAUAAAUACUGGCAAAACAUAAAAGAAAGGAUUCACUGAGACCAUCACUGAUUUGCAAACCUGUGGUAAUGAGACUUUGAAGGCACAGGCAGCUGUUGUUUGUGUUCUGGCAGUGUGACCAGAGGUGACAGGUGUGUAAUAGGGGAUCUGGCCCCAGCUUGCACAAUGUUGAGCCUGUCUGAGGAGCACAGUCAUAUAACCUGUUUAUGUUUGCUGGCUAUGCAGUCACUUACAGAAAGUCCCUCUGGGUUGUGAGAAGAAACAGUCAUAUGACUGUUAUUCAGAGCUCUGUCUCAGUAAUGUCAUCGUGUGCUUUAUCUGUCCUGCCAGAAAAUAGUCUGUAAAUACAUUUCUCUCUUUUGUCACUGUGUAGAUUUCACAGACCAAAAACUUUUAAUUUUUUUUUUUUUAUUUGUUUUUGUAAAUAGUUACAGAAAUCAUUUGUCUGUUUUUACAAACUAAAAACAAGUUAAAUCUUAUGUUUAGUGUAUGACUUUGCCUUAACAAAUAUGUACAAACUAUUACAAAUUUGUCAUGCAAGAUACGUAGUUUUGUCUUUUUGUUUUUUGUUUUUUCUUUCCUCUCCAAUAAUAAGAUUUUUUUUUUUUUUUUAUUCUAUAAACCUUGAUAAAUCUACACUGCUCACAUUAUUGGAAUUUAGUCACUGAACACAUAGGUCAGAGCUUGGUCAUUUGUUUAGUAAAUAAACCCCUUUGUGAAUUUGGCAAAUGUGGUCUCCUUUCUGUGUGCAUGGGACUGGAGUUAUAAUGGAAAAAUACAUUGAGAUUGAAUUUAGAACUGGAAAUUAUGAACAAAUCUGUGUGCAGUUAGGAUUUUAUUAAAACUGGUGGUGGUACCUUCUAUUUGGGUCAGGUAACAUCCCUUAUUUUCUCUUUAGUAAAAGCUAAUCAAAUAGAAAUGUGAUGCUGUUAAAACAAAUUAACAUUUCUGAUAUCUAGAUUAUAAAUACGAUUUCAUGUUCUGUGUGGUUGGAUCAUUGUGUUGUAUGUGAUUUUCUAGUUUCUUUGCUGGACUCUGUGAAUACAAAUCAUGUGUGGCAUUAAGUAAUUCUUCAUGUGUAGUUUUAUUUUAUAGUUAUCAAAUUACAACCUUUCUAAAAUUGAAACUAAGCAGAAAGGUCUAGAACAAAGCAGUUGUGUUUAUUUUUUUAUUUUUUUUCGGGAUGGAUAUUUUCUACCUUCAUUUUUUUUUAUUUUAUUUUUUUUAUCAACAAACUCAUUUGUUUUCAGGAUAUUGAUUUAAUUGAUAUUCUGUGGAGGCAAGAUAUUGAUCUGGGUGUUGGGCGUGAAGAUUUCCUGCAACAUGAUAAAAGAAAUGAUGACAUGUGGGAGUCUCCACAAGAUGACCUUCAAGUUGACAUCCUUGACCCCACUAUACAGGUUGAUGGAGAGACUGGAGAAAAUGUACGACACCAGGUAGGUAAAAUUAAGAAUUGUGAAGUGACCUUGCUGUGCCGAGUGCAGAGCUAAGUGUCCUUCUUCUCACAGGAUCAGACUGCCUUGUCAUUGGAGGAAUGUCUAAGUCUCUUGGAUGUCAAUUUCCCAUUUGGGGACCCUCCUGAGGUGAGUCAGUCUGCCUUCACCUUGCAAUGUACCUACUGAAACGUCACCUGCAAUGUGUCGUCUAACCCUUUUUUCUGUGCAGUUUUCAGAUCCGACUCCUUCUGACCUCUUGGUCCCGGAUAGUGGCCCUGUGGCUUCUACUCAAUCAGAUGAGCUCUUAUCCCCUUUCCUCCCAGCUAUGGAGAGCCCCUUGGAUCUUGAAGAGCAGUGGCAAGAUCUAAUGUCACUCAUGGAUAUGCAGGUAUCUGCUAUUGUUACAGUGCAGCAGACAUGCUGUAAAGUGUGAAAUUCUCAUAUGAGGCACCAGGACUACAAUCAUACAUAUUAAAUGUCAAGUUAACUUUCCUCUGAUACUUAAUAUGUAUGCUGAAAGUUGCCCUAUUGUGCAAAAACAAAUGAUAAAUAAAAUGGUUAGGUCUUGUCCCCUGACCAACUGUCACUAUUCCAUAAACUCUGCUUUAAACUCUCAUAGAAAUGUUUAUAUUGCUGCUUGCAAAUGCACAUUUUUGGCUGCAAGCUACAUAUUUUUAAUUGAGGAAGACAUGCAUGGAGCUGCUCACCUAAUAUAAUUAAAUGCUAGUUUUACAGAGUGAGAGGGGCCAUGAAGAUAUAUUUCUACAAAAGAGGGAUAUUUAGUGCUCCCUAUACCAAUUCAAUGUUUUAAACUGAAUACACAUACCUCUCAUUUAAUCACUUUUUUGUUGCUGACCAAUUAGCUUGAGUGCAUGCUAUCCCUUUUUAUAAGCUUUGUAUGUGUCCAACCAAAUAUGUGGUUAUAGUGUUGUUUUUUUUCCAAUUUAUUUAAGGUUAUGGAUGUGAACAAUUCAACUGAAAAUCCUUUGUAUUUGAGCUUGAACCCACCAACACAGCAGGAUGGUAACUUGGGGCAGGUGCCUCUUCCUAGCUGUUCUCGUGAUCACUCUGCAGUUUUUGCUCCCACCAUGGAUAUCCUAACAGUCCCGGACUCCCCAUUGCCACAGUUUUCUUCCCACAACUCCAGUGACCUCAACUCCACAUUUGGUUUCACCAACUUGACAGGCAUCCUCUUUCCUUCACAUCUCAACAGUACUACUAAUAUCACAUCUCCCCAGAUACUGCCUGACCCUCUUGGUGGGAUCCUAGAUGAAGCUUUGCUGGAUGAAAUAAGCUUGAUGGACCUUGCACUGGAGGAAGGUUUCAGUCAAGUUCAGACCACACAGCUACAAGAAGAGUUGGACUCUGAUUCAGGGCUUUCUCUAGACUCCCAUCGCAGCCCUGUAUCUCCUAGCGGAUCAGAGUCUUCCUCCUCUUCCUCUUGCUCAUCAUCCUCUUCAUUCUCUGAGGAAGGGGCAGUGGGAUACAGCUCUGAUUCUGAAAUGAUUGAUCAGGAGGACUCUGAUGGAGCCAUUGGUUACCAACCUGAAUAUAGUAAAUUCUGUCGUAUGAGCUCUCAGAAUCCAAGCCAUUAUCAGCGACUUCCCUUCCUUGAACAUGUUGGGCACAAUCAUACAUACAACAUGGUGCCUGAAGAGCCAGAGGAUAAGCCAGUUUUGAGCAGGGGAAACCGGAGAUCAUCAGGCUUUCUAGAUAGGCAGGCAGGUCGUGACGAGCAAAGGGCAAGAGCUAUGAAGAUCCCUUUCAGCAAUGAUAAGAUUAUUAAUCUACCUGUAGAGGAGUUUAAUGAGCUGCUCACAAAGUAUCAGCUUAGUGAAGCACAGCUCUGCUUGGUGCGCGACAUCCGGAGACGGGGAAAAAACAAGAUGGCUGCUCAGAACUGUCGCAAACGCAAGUUAGACACAAUCCUUAACCUGGAGCAGGAAGUGAAGCGGCUUACCCGCGAACGUACCUCUCAAUUGAGGGAGAAAGGAGAAAACCUAAGGUCACUUCAACAAAUGAAGCAGGAGGUGGAGAAUCUUUACCAGGAGGUCUUUAGUCAACUAAGAGAUCAAGAGGGUCGUCCAUAUUCAUCCCAGCGGUAUGCCUUGCACUACACAAGCAAUGGCAACAUUGUACUUAUGCCGCGGAGUGCUGAGGGUCAGCAAGGCCGACGGCCAGAGAAGAAGGAUCGGAGAAAGUGAUGUAUCUGUAUAUAACUUCAGGAAUAUUACAGGACAGGGGGUGUGGGCUGUGCUUUCAUUCAGGCCUAAAUAUCAAACCUUUUCACACAACUGACCCCAGUGAGUGACAAGGAUACAGUCUACACUUACUGUGGGUCAAGUGCUGUGUCCUGUCAACGUCUGGGCCCUGUCAGUCCAGGAAUAAGGAGACCAGCCAGGCCCGCGGGCACAGACAAGCCCGGGUAUCGUAUAAACAAGAAGCUGACAAAAAGGGAGGGUAAAAGAAAAUAAGUAAAAAAAAAUUUAUUUUUAUUCUGGAUCCAAUACCAUGUCUGCAAUGUAGCCAGCUAUGUCAGGGGCUGAAGUGUCAUCUUGCAUGAGUAGAACAACAAUGAGGACAUGUUAAUAAGUAGAAAUUAAAUGACAGCGGCCUAGAAUGGUUUUGUCCUUGAGUAGCGAUUUGGGGGCCAGUGAUCUUUUUGUAUUGUCAUUAAAUUGGCAGCUGUGGGGACAGUUAUAGCCGUAAUGUUUGUCCCCUUGCUACUUGAUGGGGAAAAUCAUCCAUCCCAAGUCUCUAAGAAGACAUUUUGCAGCAUGCAUAAUGGUCGUAAGAUAUGUCAGUUUGUGGCUGUACUAAGGUACAAUGCUGUCCAUUUGUUUAUUGCUGCGUGUUCCAAUGUAUUAUGGGGUUCAUUGACUCCUGAUAUUUAUCCUUUUGUCUAGUUUGGUAGCAAAGGGGUAGUUUGUAUUUAAAGAAAGAUUACAAAUGUUAGUUAAAGCUCAGUCCCCAAACUACUAGGCAGUGUAAUGCAGGGAACCCACACCCAGUGUGCACAGAGUUGUUUGUUUAAUUAUUCUGGUAGCAUCGCCAGAAUACUGUAAAGUGGGUAGAAUGAUGUGGACUGUAAAUUCCUAUGUCCAAGUAGGAACAAUUGUGUUUUUUGGAGAGAUCAGCAGUAAUCCAUAUAAUAUUUAAUUCUAUAGAAUUAGCCUGAAAGGUUUAGGAAUUGCUGCUUUUAUUGAGUGAAAACUAUGCAUGUUCCAUACUGCAUCGUUUUGGAACAGGAACAGGAAUAGGCUACCUGGCACUUUAGCUGAUUUAGGUUGCAGGUACCAUUUAUCAAUUGCAUGCCUCGGCAUCAAGGUAGCUAAAGUCUACAGCAGAUGGAGUGUUAAGGAAGUUCUUCCGUAUUCUAACUGGUUUACGUUUGGAAGAAAGUUUUAUAUAUUUUUUUUAUUUUUUUUAUUUAUAUGAUAAACAGAUUUGUGAUAGUUUGUCUAAUUCCAUUAGAUUCCAACACUGUGUCACCUUGCUCAUGCUGUGUGGCUUAGAAACAAAAAGGCCUCUAAAUUGUAGUUCUGAAAUUUCAAACCAAGUUAGGUUGAGGCUAGAAAUGAGAUGGAAAGUAAUGUGAAAAAAGUUCAUGAUAAAUGCCAACUGUGAGGCAUGUUUUCCCUGUCAAUAUUCUUAAUAGCAUCCAAAAAGACAAAUGGGAUGUGAACCCUAUAUAGCAGAAAGUGUAUUUUUAAAUCAUUUAACUACACACCCAUAUCCUAGAAGCACACUGGACCCAUAACAUUUGCUAUGCUGUCAGGCAGUGCAUGGAAAGUGCUGUUUGUAGUAUUUUGAAAUCAUAUGCUGUAGGAAUGUGAUUCAUCAAGGAGGAACCCUGCAGGGAACUGUCUUCAUAGUUGUGUGUGUUUAUUUUUUUAAAUUUCUUUUUUGAAGAAGUUUAAUAUGAAUGGCAGCACUAACAAGGCAGCACUUUUCAUUUCUAAAACAUCAGCCUGAAGUAAUGUGUCUUGAAUUAUGGAUCUGGAAAUGCUAGUCUUCGUGAUGGAUGACAACCCAAUGAGGUAUUCCUGAAUGUUCAAUGAUGAAAAGCUGUGAAUCCCUUAGUAUACAUUUUAUCUGUUUAUUUUCACAAUUUGAUCACUAUGAUGCUCUGUCUUUAAUAAGAUCAGACCAUGCCACUAUUUAUGUUCCAAACCGAGAGACCAGGACAGUUGGUGUCUGUAGAAUACACAGGAAAUGUAACAGGUCAGAUAUAGGGAAUAUAAGUAUCCAGUAAUACCCUAAAACAAAUGUAAAAUAAAUGGUCAUGGCCAUUUGAAAUAUGCAGAGUAGCUUAUAUAAAUAUAGUGGUACAAAAUGCAAUUUAAUUUCUUACCAGUUUAUUUUUACAUCCUGCACUUUUGUUUUUGUUCCUUCUCGUCACUCUGACAGAUUGCAUAACAAGGGUUGACACUGAUGGUUAAUCCGUUGAUUAACUCCACAAGGCAGCAUGUUUACCUGUGUAAGAGUAAUGUCAUACUGUGGCCUUCAUUGCAGCUGUGCCUGGAUUCCAAAAGGGCUUUUACAGAAGAAAAAAACAACAAUGUUUUGGUUUGUGCAACAUGAAAUGUUAGUUAAGUUUCAUAUGUGAGGUUUGUCUGGAACUGCUAUUUGGCGAAAAAAGCCAGGGAGCACCAGGUAUGUGCUUUAUGGUGUCAUGAUGUAUUUUCAAUUCUGGCUUGUCUGGCCUUUGAUAUUGUAAGGGGCAGGGAGUUUUACAUUGUGCUCCCCUCACUAUGAUGACAGACUUCAGCUAACCUGAUUCUUUGCCACUCUAUGAUUCAAAUGGAAUUGUGAGAUUUGCAGUACAACAUCGUCAUGGGGUGAGCACCAUUUUGCAUCCCUCAUUUAGGUUAUAUAUUCUAUAAACUGUGAGUCCCACCCCCAAAUCGAAUUGCCUACAUUUCACAAGUUGGUUGCUCAUAUGCUAUUUUGCAAAGUUUAAUGGCAGUUGAUCAAAGCUUUAGAAGAAAACUAGUCUGUCAAAUUGGGAGCUUGAUUAUAAAAAUACAGUUUUAUUUAAAAAAAAAAAAAAUGUAUGUGAAGUGGCACUUGUACAAACAAUCACACUACUCAGGGUUGCAUUUAAAGAGAAUCUUUGUUUCAUAGUAUGCCAGGGUGCCAGUUAAAAUGAAAAUAACUGUUAAAUAAAUAAACUCAUUUGUGUUUGAAACUCAGCUAUUGAUAUCUUGACUUUUUCUGUAAAGACGUUAACAGGUUAUACACUGAUGCAUGUUGCUG